AUGUUUGGUGGAAGUAGCGGUCCCGUGGAUACCACGCUCUACACAACUCUCAAUGUGAAACCAGAUGCAACACAGGCCGACAUAAAAAAAUCCUAUUUCAAACUUGCGAAAGAAUAUCACCCAGAUAAGAACUCAGAUCACGGAGACAAGUUCAAGGAGAUCAGUUUUGCCUAUGAAGUCCUUUCGAACCCUGAUAAGCGACGACUUUAUGACGCUCGAGGUUUGGAAGGCGUUCAAGGAGGCGGUGGUGGUGGCGGUGGUGGCUUCCCUGGUGGUUUGUUCUCCCAUUUCUUCGGACAAGGAGGAGAUGACGACGACGACGAUGAUGAUAUGGGUGGACAUCCGUUCGGAGGACUUUUCGGAGGACUCAACAGAGGAGGACCACGUCGGCGGAAGUUCCAAGACACUGUUCAUGCUCUCAAUGUAACACUCGAGGAACUUUACCUAGGAAAAACAUCCAAACUGAAACUUUCCAAAAAGGCUCUGUGUAAAGUAUGUGAAGGUUCUGGCGGAAAGAAAGGAGGGAAAUAUAAGUGUGACGGGUGUCGUGGUCGAGGAAUCAAAACUGUUGUUCAACAAAUCGGCCCUGGCAUGCUUCAGCAGAUGCAAGUCGCUUGCGAUGCUUGCCGUGGAACAGGAGGAAAAGUUCCAGCAGGUGACAAGUGCAAAGGAUGUAACGGAGAGAAAUACGAAAAUGUAUCCAAGAUUCUGGAAGUUCAUGUUCUGCCCGGUAUGCGACAUGGAGAUAAAAUCACUUUCAAAGGAGACGGAGAUCAACCAGAUCCGGAUGGAGAGCCAGGAGACGUUGUUAUUGUUAUUCAACAAAAAGAACAUGAUAUUUUCAAGAGAGAUGGAGAUGAUCUGCAUAUGACAAGAAAAAUCUCAUUGAACGAGGCUCUUUGCGGUUACAACUUCCUCAUUAAGCAUCUUGACGGUCAUCCUUUGGUUUUACGAAGCAAACCAGGAGACGUUAUCAAGCCGGAAAGUACGAGAGGAGUCGUUGGAAAGGGAAUGCCAAAUAAAAAGUAUCCAGAACUCAAAGGAAACCUUUUCGUUGUCUUUGAAGUGGAGUUCCCGAAAGAUCACUUCCUCGAUGAAGAGAAAGCUUAUAAUGUUCUUCGUAGCUGCUUCCCAGCCACCAAAGUUGUUAAUGCUCCACCUGGAGCUACAGAAGUUUCUGUGAUGGAGUACGAUGAAAAGAAAUACAGCCGAGGACGUGGAGGAGACGCUUACAAUGAAGACUCUGAUGAUGAGCAACAAGGAGGUCAUCAUGGACAAGGAGUCAGAUGCCAACAACAAUAA